AUGGAACAGGAUCAGAAUUCAUGUGUUCAAAAUUGUAAAAUUAAUGAUAAACAGAUGGUUUUUGAAAAGUUUAGUAACAAAAAAGUAAGAAAUACCAACGACAAACUGUCAAUGCCUUUCCAGGAGAUUUUAAUCAAAACCGAAGACGAAUUAAAUAUACCAACAGAGACAAACUUGGUUUCUCCAUUCUAUGACUUUAAAGAAAAAAUUUCUGAAACAGAAUAUGAAAGUUCAAUCGAUGUGACAUUGUUAUUCACGGAGAAUUUCAUCAAAACAGAAGAUGAAUUAAAUGUACCAACAGAGACAAACUUAGUUUCUCCAUUCUAUGACUCGAAAAAAGAAAUUUCUGAACAAAAUUAUGAAGGUUCAAUCGAUGUGACAUUGUUAUUCGAGGAGAAUUUUAUCAAAACCGAAGAUGAAUUAAAUCUACCAGCAGAGACAGAGUUGAAUUCACCAAUUUAUGAAGUUAAAGAAGAAAUUUCUGAGGAGGUACAAGAAAAUCGAAACGAUGCUACUGAAAGUCAGAAUGUGGAGUCAAAUGAUUUUUUAGGGAAGGCUCAGUCAAAUCCAACAUUUAUUCCUUCUAAUGUUGUUAGUGGUAAAGUGUUAAAAAGUGGUCGCAAACGUCAGCAAGAUCAGAAUAGGAGAUACAAAUCUAGAAUUGUUUAUUGUGACAUUUGUGGAAAAACUUGCAGAGAUUUAUACACUAUUGCAUUGCAUAUGAACACACAUAAGAAAUAUAGAACAAAAGAUUUUCAUUGCGAAAUUUGUGAAGGUUCUUACUUUGAUGAACAUGGGCUUCAAAAACAUAUACUAAAUGUUCAUGAAAAAUCAAAGCUUCUUACUUGUUCAUUAUGCAGAAGAACUUUUAGGACGAAAGAGAGCUUGAAAACCCAUAUUUCACGUCUCUGUCGUGUACCUUGUGAGGUCUGUGGAAAAAUGAUUCGGAAGAAUUCACUCAAAGCACAUCUAAAAAGAGUUCAUUUAAAAAGUAGAACAUAUCGGUGUGAUAUUUGUGGAAAGAAAUGCUGCAGCACACAUCUUUCUCAUCUCGUGACUACUCAUAUCGGUUUAGAACACAGAACAAAAGAUCAUCAAUGCGAUAUUUGUAAUAAAGUUUUCUUCGAUAAGGAUGGAAUAAAAAUGCAUAUGACACAAUGUCAUGGAAAUACGAAAUUUCCAUGCGAUUUGUGUGGAAAAACUUUUAAAUGUGCGCCAUUCUUGAAACAGCAUAGUAUUAGAUGUUCAAUGGAGGCAAAUAAUUCAUCAAAAAUUGACUGUGAUACGUGUGGGAAAGUUUGUAUAGGCCCAAAUUCAUAUCUUAAUCACAUGAUUGAUAUUCAUAAAAUCACUCCAGACAAAGAACAACUUCUAAAAAAAGAUGCUUGUGAUUGCAAAAUAAAUGAGAAACAGAAGAUUUUUGAAAAGUUUAGUAAAAAAAAAAUUAGAAAUAUCAAGGAUGAAGUGCCAUUCCAAGAGAAUAAUAUCAAAACUGAAGAUGAAUUAAAUAUAUCAUCAGAGACGGAGUUGACUUUACCAAUUUAUGAAGUUAAAAAUGAAAUUUCUGAACCAGAACAUGAAAGUCCAAACGAUCUUAAUGAAGGUCGCAAAAUUGAGACAAAUAAACGUCGAAAACAAGAUCAGUCAAAUCCUCAAUUUGUCUCUUGCAUUGUGUGUGAAAAAGUAUUGAAAAAUACUCGUAUACUUUCAAUUCACUAUAAGAGAAUGCAUUCCGAUUCAAAAGUCUUUCAAUGUGACAUUUGUGGAAAAACUUGUGGAAGUAUGCAUAAUAUUGCUUUGCAUAUGAACACGCAUAAGAAAUAUAGAACAAAAGAUUUUCAAUGCCAUAUUUGUGAAAAUUAUUACUUCGACAAACAAUACCUUCGACAGCAUAUAUCGAACGCUCAUAAUCCUAAAUUAGUUCCUUGUGAUACUUGUGGAAAAUUAUUAAAGAAAAAAUCACUCAAGGAGCAUCACAGGAUUAUGCAUUCAAUAAUUAAUUUAUUUCGUUGCGAUAUAUGUGGAAAAACGUUCAAAACCCGAGCCAACAUUGAUGCUCACAUGGUCACGCAUAAAAUUUUAAGAGUAAGAGACUUUCAUUGUAAAAUUUGUUUAGGUUCAUACUUCGAUGAGAAUGGACUUCGAAGUCAUAUGUUAAAAAAUCAUGAAAGACCAAAGCACCUUACCUGUUCAUUAUGUAGAAAAACUUUUAGGACAGAGGAAGGCUUAAAAAAGCAUAAAUUACUUCCUCACCGUGUACCUUGCAAGGUCUGUGGAAAAAUGCUUCUAAAGUAUGCACUCAAAGAACACCUUAGAGCAGUGCAUUUCAAAAUUAAACCGUAUCAGUGUGAUAUUUGUGGAAAGAAACUAUAUAAAACAUCUCUUGCUAGUCACGUGACUUCACAUAUAGGUUUGGAACACAGAACAAAAGAUCAUAAAUGCGACCUUUGUAAUAAAGUUUUUUUCGACAAGAUUAGAAUAAAAAAGCAUAUGAAACAUUGUCACAGAAAUUCAAAAUUUCCAUGUGAUUUGUGCAAAAGAACUUACACAAGUAAAUCUUACUUGAAGAAGCAUAGAUGUCCAAUGAAAGUAAAUAAAUGGUCAAAAAUUGACUGUGAUACGUGUGGUGAAGUUUUUCAAGGCCCAAAUGUAUACUUCAAUCAUAUGAUUAAUAUUCACAAAAUCACUCCAGACAAAGAACAACUUCUUAACACAGUUGCUUGUGAUGUUUGUGAAAAACGUUUCUUUACUAAACGAUCCUUACUAAAUCAUCAAAGUACACAUGUAAAGAGAAUUUUCACUUGUGACUAUCCUGAAUGUCAGAAGAAAUUCUUAGAAAAUAAGAAUCUUAGAAGACAUACUUUAACCAUUCAUAAAAGUAUUCGUGAAAAAUGUCCAGUUGGAAAUGGAUGCAAAUACUCAGGAGCAAGAAAAGAUUACAUGACAACCCAUUUGAAGAAUCACAAAGAACUUUCCCCUGGAGAGCUACAAAAUUAUCUCAAAUUAUUACGAACCAUCAAUCUUUUCUAG